AUGACAACCCUAAAAAGCGCCUUAAUCUUCCAAUCAGAUGAAAGAGUUCAGAAUAAUUUCCGGAUACAAUUUCUAUUUGUUAGCGUCAUUACUUGGGUCAUUUAUCUGAUUAUACAUCGAGAAUGGGACGCCGAAAGUCAAAGAGGAAGCCACCUCCCAAAAAGAAACUGACGGGUAACUUGGACACCCAAUUCACCUGUCCCUUUUGUAACCACGAGAAGUCCUGUGAUGUCAAAAUGGAACGCACUCGAAACACAGGAAUAAUAUCGUGCACCGUCUGCUUGGAAGAAUUCCAGACUCCCAUUACUUACCUUUCAGAACCAGUGGAUGUUUAUAGUGAUUGGAUAGAUGCUUGCGAAGCAGCCAAUCAGUAGCAGUGGUCCCCCUGACUCUAUUCCUGUCUGACCUCACCCCUCAUUCCCUAUGAUGGGUCACAUAUCUCUGGCUGGGCCAGGGCUUUGUCAAGUAGUGAAUGUGGAGAACAAACAAAGACAGAUAACACAUCUGUGAAAUCUUCAGUGUCUACACACUAAUGGAUUUGAUAUGAAGAAAGAUACACUUCCUGUUCUCCCUCUGUGGCAGGGUGGGAUGGGGGUAGGGCAAUGAAAUGUCCCAAUGGUCCUGAUCUUAGAGAAUCCCACAAAGUUUCAAACCACCUCAUCAUUUGUUAUGUUUUACAGUCAAGCCUGUUGGUGGAUAUGUCUUUAGACUUUCCCAAGCUGCCAUGUCCCCCUUUAAUGGAGCAAGUAGAUUUCAUUUGUAAAAAUUAAAAAAAAAGGGUGAUCCUGUAGUUUUUAUGUCAUGAUUUUUAUUUCAAUUAAGUUUUUUUUGUAUGGAAAUGACUUGAUCAAUAAACACAUCAAUGUAAUUCA